AACGGCAUUCCUCUUUUGUUUAGAUAAUAUGAGGGUUAGUUCUCCCCUGCCGGGCUGCUCUGAAAUUUAGUCUAUUUUUAAAUCCUUUGCCUGAAAAUUGUAAUCUUUUUACUUUAAGAAUGGAGCAGCGUCCCCACAGCCGGGUCUUUCUCUCGCUGUAAUUGCUAACUGAGGCUUGUGCUCUGGGUUUUGAAGUGGGGACACUGCAUAUUGUUGCAUGAGAUGAAGCGUACCACCGCUGUGCAGCGGUCAGCGUUACAAUUGGAGUGUUCACUGCUUCAGCUGCGUUUUUUAAAAUCGCACCAAGCGAACGGCAAGGGGAAUUGCGUUCGCAAGCCCUGGAGAACUCUACAAGGAUUAAGACUUGCUGUAUUUGUUAGGACUGAAGUGUGCGUGUGCCAUCAAUGUAGGAUCCAGUCCAGGUGUUUGCUUCAACCAUGUUCUGAAUUAACCACAUAGACUUCCAGCCGGGGAGCUAAAGCAGCAAAGUAUUUAAUUUGACCUGCAAAACCUGGAGUGGAAUUUCUAUCCAGGAGCAGGAUUGGGCUGUACUUUAACUUGAAGCUGGGGUGGUAGUUGCAAUAAAGGACCAUUUUACUCCUGAACAGUGGCAGUUGCUCACUCAGGCACUGUUCCUAGUACUAGUUCAAGCUAGAAAGUCUGCUUUUAGUUCAUCAUCACAUGGAAUUGUUUGACUGUAGCUGCUAGCAGAUGUAUGUUUGGCACCGGAUGAUGAGAUAAAACAGCACACAGCAAAAAAGUUAAUUUUAAUUUAAUACCGAGGCACUGACACUGAGGAGUGCAGCUGAAAUGCAAAAUACGAAAGGGGGCUGGCUGGCUAUUGUCUUUUCCAGGGAAUUGAAACGAUAACCCAGUUUACAGAGCCCGGCUCUGGGUGGGUGUGUGUAAACCGGGCUCCUCCUCUUGUGCUUAUAAGUUUAAGACGGACCAUGCUGUCCACUUGCAAGAACUCAAGGAGUCUGUGAUACUGUAGCAGUGCGAGGGACUGGGGUGCUUUGCAAUGAUCUCUUCAGUGUGUGCCAAGCUGCCUGCAGGGUGUGUCCCUUCCACCAGGAGACUGUGUGUGCUGAAGGUGAGCUCUCUGAAGGCUGUCUGGGUGCUGUACCCUGUGCUCUGCCUUGUCAUGCUGCCCCAGAGGUGCGGUGCCAUGGCCCGGGCGCGCUGCGGCAGGGAGCUGGUGGAGGAUCUGCAGUUUGUAUGUGGAGACCGGGGCUUUCACUACAGUAAGAGUUCCCGCUAUGGCAUUCGGGGUCGAGUGAGAGGGAUCGUGGAUCUGUGCUGUGUCCGGGGCUGUGAUCUACAGCUGCUGGAGGCGUACUGCGCUAAGCCCAAACAGCCCUUGAAACCCACUCCCAAGCCGGGCUCCACGGCUACCCAGCAACUGACCCAUCCAAAGAGACUGGCCCGGGACCUGACCUCCACACACGGCCGGCUCAGGCAGAUCGUCUUCAAACAGCACCCCAGUAGGUACGUCUGGCCUUCACAGUUCAGGAGAAUGGAGAGAGUGAAUCCGGCUCCGAAUCUGCGUUUCCUGAUCCUGCGCAGAUCUGCGCAGCAGAGCGAGGUCCUUUUAAAAAGGCUCUUCAGAAAAGCCCGGGCCGGCCGCUCCUCCGCUGGAACCUAGCAGAGUCGAUAUACAAACAGGAGAUGGGUGGUCCGCCACCUCAACGUUGCGUCUUCAUCACUUAGACAGGGUGUAAUGCUUUGACUCUCCUGGCUGCUUCAUGACGUCAUCGUCCUCUCCACCUGAAGAGAUCGAUUGGCUUUUGUGACGUCAGGGGCUGGCUACUAACCAGCCCAGCAAAGACACCAGAGCUAUAGUCCGUCUCUUAUAGGUGUUCGAGCUGCGCCUGUGCAACCAAACUAAUGCACCCAGAAACUCUGAGCUGCCAGCCUCUGUCUUUAUAUUGAUAUAAAAUGUGAAUCCUUCCGCACAAUCUUUUUUUUGUUUUUAACAGCGUUUGUGUGUUUUUUUAUAUUCUUUUCUUACAGCAAAACUUGAAAAGCCCUUUUAGAAAGUAUGUGCACUAUUGAUUAUUUUUAUUGUAUGCUUUUUUGGUAUAUAUAUAAAUAUUUAAACACUAUACUGUGACUUUGUGUAUCAGUGUAAAUAAUGUUCCAAAAUAAAACGAGUGGCAUAUUGAAAUGUUGUGUAGAGGUA